GCGGAAUCGGACGGCAAAGGGGGUGGUCGUUUCGUCCUCUGUCGCUCCCAUUUGUUCCCGAUCGUAAAACAACUUUUCGAAAAGUGAAUUUUAUGAAACUUAAUAUUUAUUGUGUGAUUUUUUUGUGAAGUUACAAUGAACUCUGGAUUUUGAUAAUGUGAUUGGACAAUUACGUUGGAAGUAACAAUGCCUUAGUGACAGUCACGGGAAAAUAAAUAAAAAUCGAUCGCAAAAUGGCCGCCCGAUAACUGUACAAAAUGGGGGACAGAAUUGGCGGGAAGACCAUCGGCGUCCUAAUUCUGAGUGUUUUUGUGAACCACGUCAUCUGUCAAGCAUGGACAGAGCAAAAUGAGGAUUUUGUUCCGAAAAGAGUGGAGAGUGUACCAGAUUCCGACUUUGUUCCAGUUUCCACCAUGGACGUGGAGGCGGUGGUGGGGAGGACCGCCUCCCUUCCCUGCGACAUCGAACCUGACACCAACGAAGACAGAGUCUAUAUGGUGCUCUGGUUCCGGCACGCUGGUGGAAAGCCGCUUUAUAGUUUUGACGUGCGCGGCCGCAGUUUCAACAAGGCACUUCAUUGGUCUGACCCCCUGGCCUUCGGGAGACGAGCCUACUUCGUGACGAUGUCCCGGCCCUCGUCCCUCACAGUGGACGCCGUCCAGUUGGACGACGAGGGCAUCUACAGAUGUCGUGUGGACUUCAAGAAUUCACCCACGAGAAACUUCCAAAUUCGUCUCAAUGUUGUUGUGCCCCCGCACCAACUCCUUCUAUACGACGAGGCGGGCCGAGACGUGGCAGGCGUUGUGGGACCUUUAGAAGAAGGUGGCAAUUUCUCUCUACUCUGUGAGCUUAGAGGAGGUCGUCCCCAACCUACCCUAACAUGGCUCAUCAACAACAAGCAGCUCGACGACCACACGAUACUGAAGAAUGAUGGGAAGGUGAUCAUCAGCAGGAUCGCUGUGGGCGCAGUGGACAGGAGCUGGCUGAACACAAGCAUCAGGUGUCAGGCUACCAACACGCCGCUGCUUAGCCCGAGCGAGAGAGCUGCCAGGGUCGAGAUGAGAUUACGCCCCACAUCAGUGAUGAUCACGAACAAGCCAGUCAAGAUGUCUGCUGAUGUGGAAACUACCUUGAUCUGCGUAUCCCACGGGAGUAGACCACCAGCUCAGAUCACGUGGUACAGGGAGAACAGAGUUUAUACCAGGGGAAAGGACAACAUAUUCACGAACGAGACGACCACAAUAAGUCGUCUAACGAUGCUUCCCCAGCCAGAAGAUGAUGGAGCCAUGAUACGUUGCCGAGCCGACAACCCAGUGCUGUCUGUUGCGUUGGAGGACGCCUUAAGGAUGACUGUAGUUUACAAGCCGGUGCUGACCAUGUCACUGGGCAGCACGCUCAACCCCAACGACAUAAAGGAAGGGGAUGACGUGUACUUCGAGUGCAAUAUUAAAGCGAACCCCAAGGAACAUCGAAUCUCCUGGUAUCAUAACGACAUCCAAGUGAGCCAGAACAUGUCAUCGGGUAUCUUCAUCAGCACCAAGUCGCUGGUCCUCCAGAGGGUCGCCAGAAGAGACGGAGGACUGUACACAUGCAAAGCUGCCAACCAGAUGGGCGAAUCGAGUAGUCAGACAGUCUACCUCAGGGUUCAAUAUGCCCCAGUGUGCGCGCAGCCUACGCCAUUACUGAUCGGCGCAAGAUUAGACGAACCGCUGCGCGUGCGCUGCACGGUGAGCGCGGAUCCCGCUGACGUCACCUUUUAUUGGCAGUUCAACAACAGCGGCGAGAGUUUCCAGGUUUCUCCUGCCAGAUACGUGUCCACUGGUGGUACAGCGAGCGAGUUGAGGUACCGUGCUGCGAGUGAGAGAGACUACGGCGCACUACUCUGCAGGGCUACCAACACUGUGGGCAGACAGAAACGACCAUGCGUCUUUCAAAUAGUACCGGCUGCCCGCCCCUCACCCCCUCGCAACUGCACCACCGCGCGCGUCGUCCGUCACAGCGAAGCUUACCUCACGGUGCGGUGUACAGCUGGUUAUGAUGGUGGGUUGAGUCAGCACUUCACACUGGACGCUCUCGGAGACACUAGCAGGGUGCUCGUCAACAGUUCCGCUGGAUAUCUUGAUCUGACAGUAUGGUUAAACGUGAGCUGGUCAGUCCUGGAGACGCUGUCGGAGGACGAAAUCCUCGCUGUGACAGCCAGGAACAGCAAGGGAGCUUCCGAGCCUGUACUGCUGAGGGAGCUGGUGUUCAGAGAUGCUGCUAAACAUGUUGAGAGCACAGAACAUGAAAGCAGCAGGUUUCCAGCAGCCGCAGCCUUGGCCGGUCUAGCAGCUGUCAUCACCGCUGCUGGAGCCAUCAUUGCACUUGUUUUGAGGAGACGUAACGAUAACUCGUCAACCAGCAAAAGGCCGUCACAGAGCGUGGUCCAAGUGGACGCACAAGGCAGGAGGUACCUCAUCGCGUAUCCAGCGCCUGCCGACAAACUGGAGACCAAGCCUGACAUACUCAACCCUAAACCUGACAGCGAGCCUCCUCGCGUGGUCCUGGAGUCAAGUGACAACAAGACCUUCACCAUCAGAGAAGCAGGCAAGGAGGGCAUAUCCUACAACCCUCCCGUCACAGAUAAUGAAAUGAUGCCGCAGAGAUAGCAGAAAGAUCUGGACGGUGUAAAUACGAUAUUAUUGUAAAUUCCCCCAUGCCAACAAUGUAUGUUUAAGUAUUCGAAUGUACAGUCUGUUUCUUUAUAAACGGAAAAAUAACCUCAAAUGAUGUUUUUGAAAAUUAUGAUGAUCAAAAAUACGACGGAUCCUAGGCCGAGAGAGAGAGAGAGAGAGGUGAUAAAAAAUCCUUUUUUUAUUAUUAUUUGCAGUUAAAUUACUCCUAGCAUAUAAUUUCCCUGAUAAACUUUUAUGUAUUAGAGGAAAUAAAUGAAUAUGUGACAAAUAAAAACAGUCGUCUCACUAGUUUGGUCAUACAUUUCAAAUAUAGAACACUUUAGAACAUUUCCGAAUCAUAGAAAAACAUAUCACUGUAUAAAUCAUACUUACAAUUGCUGUCAACGAAUUUGUGCGAGCGAGACGAGAAUAUAUACACCGGCCGAUUUUUCGACCUCGUUAGAAACAUACUAUAGGUGACAUUCUUCCAUAUCAGUUAAGAAAUGAAAUUGAGUGGAUAUAUUUAGUAUUUUAUUGUUUACUAGCAAAUAUUCUUUAAAAAUUGAAAAAAAUACUAAAUUUUUUAAUGACUUCAAUUUAAUUUUACUAAAUUAAUUAACUCGAUGUAAAAUUAUGUAAUGUAUUACAGAAGAAAAAAAAAUCAAUAUUGGACACUAUGUAUAUCUAUAGGCUAUGAAAAAAUUUAACACCAUACAGUUUACAUAUUUUUUUUAAUGAAAGCUUUACAAAAAAUAUUGCGUCCCAUUUUUUUUUAGUGCAUAAAAAUGUUAUAUAUAAUUUAAUUAAAUGAAAAUAUAUAAAUUUUGUUACAAUUUCAGAUCUAUACUGUACAUAUACUGUUAAAUGCCUAAAUUAUAUUAUAGAAGACAUUAAAAAUAAUGAUAAAGUAUAAAAGCUGGAAGCUCAAGCUUUUUCUAAAAGUUUAUUUUAAGAUUAUAUCAAUAAGGCUACUAACAGGCUACUUUGGCAUCAAAUUGUUAAAUGGUAUAAUAAAUAUAUAUAAAAAGAUCGCAUACAACACGCCUUAAUGACAUAAUCUAAAUGUACUGAAAUUUGUAUCAUAGAAAAUAAACAUUGUAUGAUAUUUUAAUGUAAAUUAUAUUAUUAAUAAAAUAAACGUUGA